GAGAUAAAAGCCUUCAGUCCUGAUGUGAUGUGUCAGAGAAACUUGUGUCGCCGUUGAGAGAAGAAAGAGAAAACGUGCAGAGAUGGGCUACUUUCCAUAUUUCUCAGCCGAGACAUGGACCCUUCUGGUUGCGCUCAUCACGCUGAUCUUCGUGUAUGCCUACUGGCCAUAUGGAGUAUUUAAGAAAUUAGGCAUCCCUGGUCCCAAACCAGUCCCCUUUUUCGGCACUAUGUUGGCCUACAGAAAGGGAUUCACUAACUUUGAUCAGGACUGCUUCAAUAAAUUUGGAAAAACAUGGGGCAUUUUUGAUGGUCGUCAGCCUGUGCUGUGUGUAACAGAUCCUGCCAUGAUCAAAACCGUUCUGAUAAAGGAGUGUUACUCUUUCUUCACCAACCGCAGAAACUUCCGCCUGAAUGGUCCUCUGUACGAUGCUGUGUCCAUCGCUGAAGAUGAUGAUUGGAGGAGGAUCCGAAGUGUCCUUUCUCCCUCUUUCACCUCUGGAAGACUGAAGGAGAUGUUUGACAUAAUGAAGCACCACUCUGCUAACCUGGUCAGCAACAUGAAAAAGAAAGCUGACAAAGAUGAAUCAUUGGACUUGAAGGAGUUCUUUGGUCCAUACAGUAUGGAUGUAGUAGCCAGCACUGCCUUCAGUGUAGACAUAGACUCACUCAACAACCCCGCAGACCCCUUUGUCACUAACAUCAAGAAGAUGCUGAAGUUUGAUUUUCUCAACCCCCUCUUCCUCAUUGUUGCCUUCUUCCCCUUCAUGGGUCCUGUACUUGAGAAGAUGGAGUAUUCUUUUUUCCCAUCGUCUGUCACAGACUUCUUCUACGCUGCACUGCAGAAGAUUAAAUCUAAUCGAGAAAACAGCAAGCAAAAGAGUCGGGUGGAUUUCCUUCAGCUGAUGAUUGACUCCCAGAAAAACAAUGACUCCAGUGGCGGAGCGCAGGAUAAAGGUUUAAAUGAUCACGAAAUCCUUUCUCAAGCUAUGAUUUUCCUCUUUGCUGGGUAUGAAACAAGCAGCAGUUCUCUCACUUUCUUGGCCUACAAUCUGGCUAGAAACCCCCAUAUCAUGAAACGGCUGCAGGAGGAGGUAGACUCCACCUUCCCAAACAAGGCUCCUGUCCAGUACCAGGAACUGAUGCAGAUGGAGUACCUCGACAACGUCAUUAACGAGUCUCUGCGUUUGUACCCCAUUGCGGCACGUCUGGAGCGCGUUGCCAAGGCAUCUGUGGAGAUAAAUGGCAUUGUGAUUCCAAAAGAUAUGGUUGUCAUGGUGCCCACUUGGCCCCUGCACCGGGAUCCUGACGUGUGGCCCGAACCAGAGGAGUUCAAACCAGAGAGGUUCAGUAAGGAAAACAAGCAGACUAUUGACCCGUACACGUACAUGCCUUUUGGAGCGGGGCCGAGGAACUGCAUUGGGAUGCGAUUUGCUCUUGUGAUGAUGAAACUAGCAGUGGUGGAGAUCCUGCAGAGGUUCAGCUUCCGUAUGUGUAAGGAGACAGAGGUGCCCUUGGAAAUGGACGUCCAGGGCCUGCUGGCGCCAAAACGACCCAUCAAAUUGAAGCUGGAGGCACGUUCUGAGCAGUCAAACUAAAUAACCAACAAGAUAAAGGAUUAUAAUUUCAGUUGCAUUCUGCACAGACAUAUAAUCUAUAAAACUAUUUGAACAUUAUUACUGUUUCAUCAUGCUAUCAGUUGUCUGUACCUGUCUGUGUAUUUGGUAUUUCUGUUGUUUUAUCUCUUUUAAAUUUUUACCAAAACUUAACCAAAACCAAAUGUCAAUUAAUCUUUCUUGUUUUUGUAAACAAUAAAGCACUUUACAACUUUU